AUGAACACAAGCGAGAAGCUGACGAAGAAAAUGAGUCCGUCGACGGCUGAAGAGGAGGAGCGCAUGCAGGAUGUCCCCUACAGAGAAGCUGUGGGCUGUCCAAUGUAUCUCGCCCAAAGCACACGACCGGAUAUAUGCUACGCCGUGAACGUGCUCAGCCAAUUCAAUUCUAAUCCUGGUGAAAGGCACUGGAAUGCGGUGAAGCACCUAUUGCGAUACGAAAAAGGGACCUCCAAAUGUCGCGUGGUGUAUCAUCGAAACAAGAACUCGGAUAUCAACGGAUUUUCCGACGCGGAUUGGGCAUCAGAUCACGAUAACCGAAAGUCCACCACAGGCUACGUGUUUACCGCUCAAGGAGGAGCCAUCUCGUGGUGCUGCAAGCGGCAACAAACCGUUGCUUUAUCAACCUGUGAAGCCGAAUACAUGGCGUUAUCGGCAGCGGUUCAAGAAGCCUUAUGGGGGAAGCGUUUACGAGGCUUGUUCGAGAAAGAGGAAGCGAUCGUAAUUCACUGUGACAAUCAGAGUGCCAUUUCCGUGGCGAAGAAUGGUGGCUGUCAACCAAGGACCAAACACAUCGAUAUACGCCACCAUUUCAUUCGUGAUGCAUGGGAGAAAGGCGAUGUUCAAGUGGUCUACAUCAGUUUUUGCUUUGUUUUCUUAGAACCUUUAGAAACCUAUCAAAUUUGA